AGAAGUAGGUUGGUAGGUGUCGUGUCUGCCAGGUCCAGGAAUCUCUUGGAGAUGCAUGUCUUGUUCUACUUUAAACUUGUAUGGAAAAAAAUCAGUGUGCAACAAUAGGCAUGCAGUUGACUUUGGCAGCGUAGGAGAUGCUGAGCAUUGUACCCGAAGGGCUCUGCUUUCCUGUGUAUAGGAUGUGAGAACAAUCAGAGGUAAACUGGGGUCGUCACGAGUGUCGCACAGAAUCCCUGAACGGUGGAUGGAAACAAGGAUUAGCAUCACAUGCAAGAAACGGGGCUGAUUCCUUCCCUGGUCUGACCUCUGCUUGAAUGCCAGCUCACUCUCUAUAUUUAAAGGCGGUGGGAGUCGUCAAUGGAAGGGAGUGGAUAUCUUGUUUUACCGAGGCGCCUCCGUUUUCCUGAACAGACCACGUUUCGCGACCCUACAGUCAAGCCGAUAACGUUCGCUUGCUUUGAAAUCGGUGGAACUUGAUAAAUUCGGAUGAAAGUCAGAUGAUCAUGAUGUGGAACCAGUCAAUACUGGCUCUAGCUGCGUGGUGUUGACAGCCCACGCAGCGUCCAUGGAGUGAAGAUGGUCUGCUUCAUGUAAACAGUCUGCAUCACCUGUGAGUAUUUAGUGAACGGGUCACUCCUGGUUACUGCACGCCCUUAAAUCUGAUCAUAUUUAUAUUAAUAUUUUAAUUUGAAUAUUUUGUAAUUAUAUUGGAUGCAUAAAUGGGUAUCUCGGUGGUUCAUUGCGAUAGCACCAGGGUUGGUGGACUUGAUACCACUUCUCGAUCUCUCUGGAGGUUGCCAUAUUAUUUUUUGUUGUUCUUAAAGGGUUUAACACAAGCCCGAUAUAAAUCGUACAAGAUGCGUAAUGGGAUCCUCUCGAUGUAGGGAAACAAACCUUUUUUUUUGUCAGUAAAAGAUGCGGUUGUUUUUCGAACGUAAUUCAAUACAAAACCAGAAGUGCCAGCCAGAGAAGUCUGGACAAUCAAACAUGUUUACAUAUUUGAUUAGCAAAAAAAAAAAAAAAAAACUUUAGUUCGAAUUAUAAUAUGUCACACUGCAUUAUUUACGGAGCUGUUUAAGUGAACUUCGUGAACUCUUCUGAAGUCUCUGAAAAUCCUGAGCAGGAGAAAUAAAUGUGGACGUCAGUGGCAUCUGAGAGAAUAGAUAUUGCCAAAUACUGACAGCCAAUAGGGGUCUCUUAUUCCAACGAUGCCGCUGUCAGUACGUUUCUUAUUACGUCGUUUUGCAAUAAAUGAUUUGCGAAAAACACCCAGGAUCCCAGCAAGAAACUGAACCAGUCGUUGUAUCCUUCACAAGACUCGCCAGCUAUUUUUAGGCUGCUUAGAACAGGUCAUUCUCAUUGAGGAUGUUAAUAAAUCCCGAAAACACAGUCCUACGUAAAUAUUACAUUUCCGUCGUUUUGGAAGCAAUACAUUGCCACCGAUUAUAGAAUUUAGCUUUCAGGCAUGAAAUUUUGCCCAAACACUCCGGAAUCUUCUAUAAUUUUAAUAUGCCAUUGGAUGACAUGGAUCUAUAGCGAAGUUAUUUAUAUUUCUAAACUUUCGUUAACACGCGAGGUACAACGGCGUACGCCAACUAAAAUUAACUUAUCAUAGUAGUGGGUUGGGUCGAUCGUUUAUCAUCCAUGGCUCCUCCCAUGUGGAAGCGCUGUGCGCAGGUACCGACAGCGGCGUGAGUGAGGAGGGAUGCGUGAUGUGACGGGAUCGAGACUCCGCUACGCUGGAGGUAAGCAUGUCAGAAACAUAUGAAUAAGCAGAGUGCGGACACCCUUGUCAGAAAGAUACGGCGAUAUUUUUACAGAGACAGAGAACCAGGGAAAUCGCUUAUUCUGUAUUCCUGGGUGUCAGAUCGUUUCUAUUUCCUCAAAACUCCGGUGUUGUAAUAUGCUGUAAGAGAAAAUGUGUCCCAUGUUUUCCGAUCAAUAGCCGUCUCGUAUAGGUCUAUAAUUUGUCAGUACUUAGUAAGUCCAUUGUAUUGGUAGUUAUUCGUUUUUCGUUCCUUGUGAUACAAGCCACUGAACUAAGUCAGUAACAGAUUGGUCUUUACUUACUUAUAGUUUGCAAUCAUCCACAGCUGAACUGAAGCCAGACUCAUCCAUGAAAAGUACGUGAUGUUGUGAACCACUAGGAUGUCAGACUCCCUUUGACUCGGAUUCCUCUGUAAGCGGUCAAGGUUUUAAUAUAAUCCUUUUUUUUCCUCCAGCCAAGCUUCCUCACCUAAUAUCGCUGUGGCUGUCGACAAUAAAUGUUGUCACUCAAAUCUAUUGGCAAUCUUGAUGAAAAAUAUGAUUAGAAAAUUGUUUUUUGAAAGAGUAAAUCCUUUAUUUGCCAUUUCCACAAGUACCUCACCCAUCUUGGUCUCCAUAGUUUGGGGGGGGUGGUCACGCCGCACGGUCAGCCUAAAUGCGACCCCUGGAGCUGGUAGUUAAGGAACUUGCUGAAGGACCCAUGGACACGUGCCUAUUCGGCCGAUGUCGGAUCCCGAACCGGUAUUCCGAUCCACUUUGGCUUCACUAUCUACUCACACUUAAGUUAUAUUUAUGUAUUAUAACAUAUUUAAUUUUUUAAAGCAAUAUAAACACAUUUUAAUGAUCAGAUGUAGUACCUAAAUCUGGCAAAAAAUGCUAAUUUGGCGUCGCUGCUGUAAACAGUGUUCUGUGCUUCAAUACUUCGACCACAAUAGUCCAACCAUUGUUGUAACGUUACCACGACUUCCCCCUUAAACAACCUUUACAGCACAGGACCCAUACGACUGAACACUACUUUCCUGUUCAGUACGUACUGCGAUCAUGAUGAUAAGCACUGUAUUCUCCUUCUCGACCUUCGGCGUAAGUCCGCGCACUUUAAAACGUUCACAUGGAGUUGCAUAGUAAAGUAUCGUGUGAUAUAAUUAAUUAAUUCAGUCUUUGUUUGCGUUAAUUAAAUUCAACGCACUGGAUGUACUGUGUGCAGUGCAGGUGCUCCCUGCAUGUAAUGUUCCCAUGGAGACACACACGGAAAAAACGCCCGAUUGGAAGACGAUCGUACUAGGAAAUAAAAUAAAAUAUCAAUUCGACUGGACUUGUAUUUGCAGUGUGAUCCAUUGCAAUGACCUCCAGGAUGGUGUUUUAAUUACUGCGUCGCACAGCUAUAAAUAAACGGUGGAAUUUGGAAUUAUUGCAAUGCCAAAAGCAGAUUAUCUACGCGCAUUCAUGUUAGAUCGCACGGUUAUUCUGGUCCCUCUGUGUUUUUGUGCUUGUUAGUGUACGUAGUUUUUUAUAAGAAGUAUUCUGAUAUAGAAAGUCAGCAUAAAAGCGGGUAAUGACUUCGAGGUAAAGGAGGGAUUACGCAACGCCGGUCGGACUUGUUCCAGCAGCUGAUGGUGAGUUUCAUGAACACGGAUAUAAACUGGUGACGGCAGAAGUGGAGAGUAACCGCUGGAGGAAAGACGGGAUAGCAGCAAAUAAACAAGUGCGCCCAUGACGUAGAAAGGAGCCGCACUAACUGCGUGACUGACAGUGGAGAUGCGGCAGACCGCGGAGCCCGGUGGGGACGGCAUGGUCUCCAUUACGGGCGUCAGCAACUCGUGUCAGGAUCCAGUAACAUGGAGAAAGCAUUCUGUGACGUGGAGCGCAGGAGAGGACGGGACCGGGGUUGCCAAAGACUUUGACCCUGAAGAUCGUGAAGACGAUGACAUUGGGGGAACCCUUAUUAUUCCCCACAGUGCCACAGUGGAGCGGGGUGGUUGCAGCAGCACCCAGCAGGUGGCGCCAGAUGGCGGGUGGGGCUGGGUGGUUUUGAUAGCCACCAGCGUGGUGCUGGCACUGACUGUAGCCUUCCCCUCCUGCCUUGGCAUCUUCUACACAGAGCUGCAGACUGAAUUUGAAGCCAGCAACACGGAGACCUCCUGGGUGCCUUCUAUCAUGACAGCAACGCUACAUGCUGGAGGGUUGGGCUUCUGCUUCUGCUUCCAGCCGGCCGUCACCAUGAUGGGUCACUACUUCGUGAGGCGUCGGGCGUUCGCCAACGCCAUGUCGUCCACGGGCACCGCCAUCGGUCUGAGCGUCCUGCCCCUGCUCUCCCACUUUCUACUCAGCCAACUGGACUGGAGGGGCAGCUUCCUGGUGCUGGGGGCAAUUCUGCUCAACUGCUGUGUGUGUGGCGCCAUCAUGAGGCCCGUCGGGGGAGGGCGUGGAGUGGCGAGCACGCGACGGCAGCAAGAGGCGAAGGGAAGCACGCCGGCCGCCAGGGGUGUCCUCAAGGAUUUUCUGCGCAAGUACCUGGCCUUUGACCUGUUCUGUAGCAACAAGCGAUACAGAGCCUAUGCUCUGUGUGUCACCUGGAUGAUGCUGGGUUUCUUGGUACCUCUGGUGUACCUAGUACCCUACGCCACCUCCCAAGGCUUGGGGCACGGCCAGGCCGCCCUGCUGCUCGCCAUCCUGGGCUUCGUCAACAUUUUUAUCCGCCCUCUAGCCGGACUGCUCUUCGCACUGCCCUGGUUCCGGGACCGCCACGUCUUUGCAUACGUGUUCGCCGUCGCCCUGCUAAUCAAUGGGCUCAGUAACUGCAUCUGCUGCCUGGGGACCAGCUUCGGCACGCUGCUGGCCUACGUGCUCGUCUUCGGGGUCUCCAUCAGCGUGGUGGGCUCGCUCAUCUUCACCGUGCUCAUGGACGUCAUCGAGAUGAGCCGCUUCCCUGCCGCGCUGGGCCUGCUCACCAUGAUGGAGAGUGCUACCAUCUUGGUGGGACCUCCCUUGGCAGGGCUGCUGGUGGACCGCACGGGCCAGUACACCUACGUCUUCUACGCCUGCGCUGGGUCGGUGUCCUUGUCAGCCAUCUACCUCAUGGUGUCUUUCUAUUGGCUGGACAGAGAGGGCGAUGCAGCCGUGAAGGGCCGUUCCCCGCCGCCGUCCAAUCCCCCUGCUGCUUUUCCCUCCCACUGCGAGUACAGCGACGUCCCCGCAAAAGGAGAUAAAGGCCCAGCGGCCGAGAUGCACGUCACCAGUGUGUGAACCGCAUCGCACUGCUGCAUCUGCUGUGACUUUGGCACGAUUGUCAUCCCCGCAAAUGUUGCCCGCUCAUGUCCCAGGAGUUUAACAAAGAGCCUGAGCUCUUUCACACCCAGUCGAGUCUUUUGAGCCAUUCCAUCUGUUUAAGGAUGAUCAAUUGUCUUUAACGCACAUGAUGGUUACAUGCUUCCGCACACUUAGCUGAUUUUUAAAAUAUUUUAAAGCUUAAUGGGGCUUAUUGGGGCUCAAAUAGUUUGAAUCCCAGGCAUAACAGGCUAGGCCUGUAUGUUAUCUGCAUGGUCAGUGCCAGAGCUGUAGAACGCCAAAGUGGAACUCGAACAUACAAACUUUUCAUUUAUAGUGCACUAGGUCAGGAAUGAAGUUAUUUCCAGUAGGCACGCUUCAGUGACCCUUAACCUACAAACGGGCAUCUAGACAAGAACUAAUUAAUAGUGUAUUUUACGUUUUUUUAGGGGACAAUGUUAAAAUGCACAUUUUUUUUGACAUUUUUUCCAUUCAAAGUGCAAGCCUUAAAUUCCUUUAAUAGGUUUCCUUUCUCAUCGUCCCUCUUCAGGGGAAUGAGUGAGAAGCUCUCCAGUGCACCAGAGAAACACAGGCGUGACUAUUUGGCUGCAUUUUAGCAGAUAAUCUUGAAUCAGGCAGCAGUUAUUUUUUUGAGGGAUAUCGUCCCUUUGCCAGCUGUGCCAGACAAUGCAUCUGUAUGAGACAGAUAGUUUUAAGAAAAUGUUGUGGUGAUGAACCAGUUUCCAAUGGUUACCUCCUACCACAAUGCGGACAUUAUAAGAUUGAUCUGUCACCACAAAGAUCACCUGUGCAGGGGAAUAUUGUAAGUAAUACGUUACACUUUAUUUGAUGUGGCACAAAUACUAUUAUACUAUUACUUAUGUAUGUAAUUACCCAGUAACUUAGUCUUAGUUACAUAUGGAUCUCAUGUUAAUUCAUAAUUAAUGAAUCAUGACGCAUGUUUUAUCCCAAGUAAUUAUUAUAUUUGUUUCUGUAUCUGUUAAUUUUAUAAACCUUUGUGAACUGCCGAAACUAUUGAAGGAACCAUUAACCAAACAGUUCAACACAAAUGAAAUAUUAAUCUCAUAUUUGUUCAUUAAUGAAUUGACACAUCUUUUAUCUCAAGUAGCAACUACGUUUAUUCAUGAUUUGUAAUUCAGUAAUGACUGAGUUAUUGCUAAGUAUUUGUGCCGUGUCAAGUAAAGUGUUACCUGAGUGAUAAGAUAUCAGGAAAUGGCUAUUGCACCAUUUAAACUUGGAGGAAUCUGUACUAUCUACUGGAAAUGUGAGCUUAGGCCUUUACGUAAAGUGAUUUUGGAUUUAGUGAUAGGAGAAGUUUGGUAGAAUUUAACGCACGGGAAAAACCAUUUGUGCCUCGUAUUACAUUCACAUGUUUGUUUCAGUGGAAAGUCCGAGUCUGCCGUAAGCGUGAUGUUGAAUGUUAACUGUAUGGUUACCGUAUGAUCCACUGUUGCUGCAGUGUCUUCUGUGUACAAAAAUGGGAAUGUGGCUUUAUGUCCUUUGGAAGUCACAUCUUCCAUGCACACGUACUGAUUUGUAAGAUGAAUAUUAACCAAACAAUUCCCGCACCUAAUCUUGACAUGGGUUUUCAUUUUAGGUUUAAUCAAGAUUUUGAAUAAUAUUUACAAAGCACACUUCUUACAAAAAGUAAUUUGUCUAUGGACACAAAAAAAUGUGUCAUAAAAAACAUUUCCCAUAAUUUUACAGUUAAAUGUUCUUAAAGAGCAAAAAGUUGCAUCUUUGGAAAUUUACUGUUGAAAUCUAUGCUCGGGAUCAAUGAAGUCUAUCUGAAACUCCCAGUAAUCCAUUUUCUAAAUUUAUGAUUAUUGUGUUGACCAUCAUUGCUGUAACUUGUUUUUUGAUCAUGUUCUGUGUUUUCCAUGGUUCAAGAAUGUUGAAUUGUGAUUUGCAGUGAUUAGCCUUCACAUUGAUUCGCAGUGUUUUUACAAAAUGUCACUCUUCUGCCACAAGGACAUUUGAUCCUUAUUAUCACUGUGCUUGCUAUGAUAAGAUGUAAUUAUAUAUCCUUAUCUCUAGUAAAGUUGAUUAGCUCUAGUA